UGGAAUAAAAACAAUAACACGUCUGAGUAGCUGUUAGCUUCUCGGUUUGGAAAGUGACAUUUUCCUUCAGUUUAAUGUCCUUGUGAUACAACAAGAGCUUAACGUUUAAAGGUUUGGUGAAAUUGUGAGCGGUUUUGUCGGUAUUUAAGUAUUCAAGACAAAAAAAUGAAGCAAUACAGUUAAACUGAGCUUUUAUUGCAUCAUCUGCAGAGGUCUCGGCUUUGUUGUAAACAUCUCUGCUGCAGGGUUUCUGGUUCAAUCCUGAGCUCGGUUUACUGUCUGUGUGGACUGACGUGUUCUCCUCAUGUCUGCAGGUCUGCUAGUUUCCCUGCACCUACUAGAAACAUGCAGGCUGCAGCAAUGGCCAGAAAAAAGACAAAAACAAAGAAGCAUAAGAGAGAACGAAAAAAACACAGAUCGUCAUCAUCCUCCUGUGAGGAUCAGGGAAAAGAUGACUCGGAUAGACACAGAGGCACUCGGACUGACAACAACAAGCACAUGAGAAGCAACAGCACUAACGGUCCACAAUCACCCAGGGAAAUCAGGGCAAACAAUGAGACAUACAAGAAAUCAGACGUAAAAAUCAUGAAGAAAUCAGAAGGAAACAAAGAGUCUCAUGACAGCAAGCACAGGGCAUUCAGCACCUCAGGGAAACACUCUUCCUCACAACAUUAUACUUCAACCAUGAAAAAGAGCUCCAGCAACAAAAUUCCUGAAGCCCCAACCAGAGAGAGACGUGAGUGGAGGAAGAGUCUGAGUAAAGAGCCAGGAAAGAGUGCAGAUAAGGAAGAAGAAAAGAGAAAGGAUCUCAUGAAAAGAAAGGCAUCAGAAGAAGAUGAUUACCCAGUGACCAAGAGAAGAUCAGCAUCAGCUUCCUGCAAAGAAGAGGCUGAUGUAAGAAGCCGAGAUAGAAAGAAGUUAGUAGAGGCAGAGUACAGGAAGUCAAAUGAAGAUCGUAUCUCAGGAUGGAAACGCAGCAGUCUGGAGAAAAGUCCAAGCAGACCCUCGUCUAAAGAGUCUAAACCCCCAGCAUCUGCAGUUACACAAAAUGUCAGACUGAAAAUACUGACUAAGGGACAGUCUGUGUCGGUCUGUUCCAUUGAAGAAUCCUCAUCUUCAUUACCAUCAUCGUUUUCUCCUUCUCCUAAAAUCUCUUUCAAGAUCCCAAGAAAGACGAGUAUUGUUAAAGCACAGACAAGCAGAGUCUGUUGGCAAAAUGUUAAAAAGUCUCCCGUCAGCAGUAAGAGUUCUCCAAAGACCAUAGACUCUUCAUCUGUGAGGCAGCAAACCAGAUCAAAGCCUACAGAAGCUCCUUCUCCGGUUCCUUCCCAUUCUCCUCCUGUCCAGAGAUUGCAGUCGAGUAGAACAGAAGAGACGAGUGACCCGUGCAGCAGUAACGCUGUAGUGGAACGUGCUGCAAGUUUUUAUGUUUCAGCUGAAACCACCGAACCCAGUGAUGAUUACGAGAUGCAGAUCGUCGAGGAGUUACACCUGGCUCGCUCUAACAGACAACUGCACGUGAAAGUGGAGAUGAGUUACGGAGAGCUGACCAGCAUGGACGUAGACCCGUCAGACGAGAGCACCGCCACCACCGCACUCGGUCAGAAGCAGCAGCAACAGCAGGACCUCUUCAUUGUGCUCGACACCAAUAUUCUCCUCAGCCACCUGGACUUUGUGAGGAGGAUCAGAUCCCAUGGACUCGGAGCUCUGGGAUUUCCAACACUCCUGGUUCCCUGGGUGGUGCUACAGGAGCUGGACUCGCUGAAAAGCGGGAAACUGUCAAAGAACGUAGAAAACAAAGCCAGACCAGCCGUCGACUACAUCUACACCUCCCUGAAGAACCAGGAGCCGCGUCUCUGGGGCCAGUCCAUGCAGCAAAUGUCUCAAGCUUCCUGCGGGCUGGAGUCAGUAAAUAAUGAUGACCGUGUGCUGCAGUGCUGCCUGCAGUACAAGGCCUUGUAUCCAGAUGGUGCUAUCAUGCUGUGCUCUAACGAUAAGAACCUGUGCAGUAAAGCUCUGCUGAGUGGAGUCAAGGCCCUGAGUAAAGCCGAUCUUCAACAGCAGGCUGAAGUUAACCCUGAGCACGUUCAUCACCACUAUGACCAGACGCCCGCUUAUCCGCAUGCAGCACCCAUUACACAACAUCAGGAAGCAGAGAAGGCACAAAGGUCACGUGAAGAGGUGAAGGCGAGCAGGACGAAGGAGCCGGAUCGGGAGCUGAGCGAGUGUGUGUCCGUUCUAGAAAGCAGCCUGCAGAAAGCUCUGUCCGCCAUCCUGGAGGAAGAGAUGAAGGCUGCGUUUGGUGACCUGUGGUUAGAGAUCGUUUACGUGAAGCCUCCAUGGAGUCUGGAUGCUUUGCUGCAAUGUUUCCGGAAGCACUGGAUCGCUGUGUUUGGAGUCAUUAUCCGAAGAAGUCUGAUCGGUUGUGUGGAGACGCUCAGCAGUUUUGUCUGCACAGAUGUGUCAGUGGAACGCAACACCAUCGUGAACACGGCGUCUGUGGCCGAGGAGUUUCUUACCGAGCUGCGCUUCAGGUCACCAUACGGCGGCCACGUAGACUCGGCCCUCGCCUGCAUCAAGACCUUACAACACAGACUGAAAGCCAAGCCUAUGAAACUCCCAGUGGAUGACAGAAGUGGUGACACUUUAAUGGCUGAUGCAGUUCAGGAUGUAGCUCUGCAUCCACAAGCUUCUCAUCAGGAAGUCUGGGCCUUAUUCGAAAGCAUCUGGAACAAUUUGUGCCAUGUCAGCUCAGCUGUGUUCUCAGCACUGCACUUCACACCAGGAUCACUGGACUCAGUAGAGCCACGAUCCACGCCGCCUCCCCAGGAUGCCCUCAGCUGUCUCCACAGACUCAAUGCCACUCUCGAGCAGCUGCUGGAGGCCUUCCAGAGGUUAUUGACUGUGGGCAGCAGUGUAGACGACGCUCAGGCUCUGCUAUCUUUCAUUCACACUAGUGAGAUUGUUGCCAUGGAGCCACGCUUCACUGCCAAAGACCUGUUUGAGUGCCUGUCCCACCAGGAGUACAGCUUCGCAGGGGGUCUUGUUAUGUGAAACCAGAACACAAACGCAAACACAACAAUGCAUUGUUCACUCCGUUUUCGACGACCUUGUGAGAACGGAUCUGGGCAGCAACUAUUGAGUCGAUGGACUCUACCUGCUCCUUUCUGCUUUUAUUAUAAAGCAUUGUUUUAUUACAAUGUUGGUUACAUCUCAUGGUGGCGUUAUCAUCUUGGAAGAAGUUUCCAUCAGGACUGAAACUUUUCAUCGCAGGAUAAUAAAUUUGUAUCACUUUCCAGUACAGUGCAGUGCUUUCCUUUGAGGUGAGGUGACAAAGUAAACGCACUCCCCUGGGGAAACACGAUAACGUGCCUUUAAUUUGUCUCCCGCCGGUACAUGAAUAUGUAAACAAAGCUGUCUGGUUAUCCAAGACCAUUUAGCAGUUAAUACCUUACCCACGCAUAGGUCUGAUCUCUGUUUACUGAUUUACUCGUAUUUAAUCUUUGUUCUCACACACUGCGUAAACCUACACUUCUGAAACCCACAUCCUGUCUUGACGACCUUGUGAUGUGCUUUAAGAGCUUUGUUUGAUAUUUAACACCACAAAACAUGCCCUGAAUGCUUCUCUCUCUCUCUCUCUCUCUCUCUCUCUCUCUCUCUCUCUCUCUCUCUCUCUCUCUCUCUCUCUCUCUCUCUCUCUCUCUCUCUCUCUCUCUCUCUCUCUCUCCUUGUUAACCUGACCGUAGCCUGUUACAUAACACCCAAUCUGCAAUGAGUAUUGAGGUCAUGACUUUGUCAUUGUAGUGUACCAGGUGUACAUUGUUACCAAAGGCAACAAGAUAGCAAACACUUCAGAACAGGUCACAUGAAAGUAACAUGACGUAUAUAAAGAGGAAAGAGCUUAUCAUACAACUGGCCCUCUGGAUGAGAGCAAGUCAGAACCAUUGAAUGCACAAAAAAAAAAAAAAAAUUGAUCACAUUUUGGUCCCGUUCACAGCCAAGGAGAGCCACAGAAUGGAGGUUGACUGUGACAAGUGCUAUCUCGAAGACACACGGGACACUACAUCAAGUGUUGCUCAUACUGAGUCACGAGGAUGUGUAGCGUUCAGAGGAACACGCUACACUCUUCUGAGCUCUUGGCUCCAGAUCGGAUUAGCGCUGAUAUGUUUACAAGUACGCGUUAAUAUCCAAUCAGUGUCAGAUUAUCAGUAGCGUUGCACAUAUCUCUCUGUGAUUUCUCAGGAAAUGGGUGCAUGUACCCUCUCUUUACUGGAGAGUGCCAGCCGCAGGUACGCCGACAGAAGGCUGAGUGCACUCGAAAUAAUUUAGUGCAUGUUAUAUUUAUCCAUCCACUCAGCAAGAGACGACAGAGCCUUCCAGAGAUCGCCGCCGGAGGUCGAACACACAAAGCUGUGGUCUACAUGAGUGCGGUUCAUUUGAUGUUUGACCAAGUGCACAGGCAUAUUGCCAAUUUUUUUAUUUCUCUUCCUGCUCUUUAUUAGGAAAGCAAUUUAGUCUGGAAAUCGAGGGCAUUUUUGAAGCUCAGCACAUUGGUCAGAAGUGGAGCUUGUGCUGACUGUGUAUGUGUGUAAACGGUGAUAUUCUGGUGUGUGGUUGCCAUGGCAGCAGAGUGGCUCUAAAGGAGCGAAGCAUGCAACCUGCACAUUUUAGCUAGAGGAGGAAAGUAAAUCUUUCCACUUAGAAGAACAGAAUCAUAAUAAGAAGAACGUUAAUGAUAAGAGCUAUUCAAUCUAUUGAAGGUGUGUAGUAGGGUUAUGAUUUGCAUAAAUCUAAAAUUUUAUUUUAUUUUUUUUCUUCAAAUUUUGCUCUGCAAUAACUUGGUUAAAAAAAUAAAAUAAAAAAAAACCAAAGUCUUGUAUUUCUGUGUACAGUAUGUGAAAGACAUACUUUUUUUUUUUUACACGUGCAAAUAUCAACCAAUGAGAGUAAAAUAGAUAGUCGACAGCAGUGAAUACUGUAUUAAUUUGUUAUAAUCUACGUGACAUUCAUUCAUGUGCAUUAUAAAGGUGCCUUGUUGAUGAGAGAGAUCAGAGUAAAAUAUCCAGACUGCUUCACGUUAACAAAAAGAAUACAUUAUCUAAAACAACCACUCUGUACAGCUGUGAUGACUGGAAAAGCAUCUCAGAAGCAUAACUUGAGGCUGAUGGGAUACAUACACUAAUAUGUUCUUUCAAAACUGAAUUAAAGCAACACAAUACUCUCAGGUCUCCAUCAAACCCCUUCAGAUGAUUCAGAAUGCAGAAGCACACCUUGAUUCCAUCUGUCUCAUAAGGUCCCACCCCUCUACGUGUCCUUUCUCUGGCUUCCUGUAGGCAAAUUCAAGGCUCUGAUGCCCAAGUACCACACGUCGUCUGGAACAACAUCCCUCUAACUCGAUCUGAACACACACGCGUGAAGUUUACGUUCCCUCCUGCAACCUGUGAUCAGAUAACACACCUCACCUUGUAGUGACAACCUGAGUGAGGCAUGAGCUCACUUUCAACAACCUCAAUCCAGAUCACAGUAGCUUCAAAAAACGGAUAAAAGACCCACCACUUCUGGGAAAACUUAUCUAACCCCUAACUUCCCCAUUCCAAAGAAAGUAUAUCUGUUCCUAAUCUUUACUUUGGACAAAAUACUGAUGAGUAAUUUUCUUCAGUCAAUGAUAAGUUCUGGGAAGACUUGCUUUAAUUUUCUAACUAAAAAGCAGAUAUCUGUAAACUCAAUGGUACAAUCCGGUGUCUUUUCAGUCUUGUUGCAUAACCGAUGUCUGACGUCGUCAUUUUGCUUUUUUGCAUCAGCAUUUAAAUGUAAAAUUCCUUGAAAGCAUCUGUGGUGAUGCUACAGAGUGACAACGUGACUCCAGUGUUCAACGCGUAGUCGCUGUGGUUUGUGGUGCGUUGUACACGUGCGUAGGCUGCACCGUCUUCACGUCUCUCUCACAGACCGGUACUGUGUCCAUAGACACACUGCAGAAAACGCAGUCGCUACGCAGUUUCAGCCUGCCCUUAUUUUUCUGCUACGGACAACAGUUACAUAAACAGGCAUGCAGAAAAAAAGUGCUGUGAAUUCCACCUCCUCUGUUUUUUUUUUUUUUUGUUAUGUAACAUUCAACAGCGAACAGAAAGCUCAUUGCUAGAGUGAGAGAGAAACAGAUCUACAGGUUAAAGAAGAUUACAUGAGCAGAUUAUAAUGUUCACAUAAAACAAUAUCUGUUUUGUUCUGUUCCGUUAUUUUAUAUUUGCUGAGCUUCAGUGUGAUUGGACACAACAGCUGGAAAGAUAUAUGUUCCUGCCUAAUGAAGAUUCUGUAAUUACCUUUACACUGACGCAACCGCUUCCUGUGUAAGAACAAAAUGUUUCCUGUUUGCAAGUCAGCGGUGAGGAACGGAUAUCUUUUAUGAGUUGCGUUCGGGUGGAAAGAGUCACCGAGCGUUUCUGAGUUGCGUUGGAAAGAGUCACAGAGGACAUGGCACGUAUCACGAGAUAUGACUGUAAAUAGAAGAAGAAUGCUGUGUCCCCAGAGGCUGUUUAGAGUUUAGAGUGUUUAUUUCCAUUUCAACAUGUUGUACAGAAAUGAGAAUCAUUAUUAUUACACAUUUACAGUAUUGCACUAUGCUCCUCCUUAUUAGGACUCAUGAUUAUCAGGAUGUCAUUUGGUGUGAUCUGCUACACUGCACCAUGUUCUCUUCAGUAGUCUGUUCUUUAUUUCUCCUUUAGUUUACCUUUUGAUUAAAGAGAAUAAGGACCAGAUAGGAACCAAAAAGACUGUUUUUUGUUCUUGUCUCUGUUGCUCUCAAUUAUUUUUGCCUUCACAAAGCCAACACUGUUCUGUUGGUUAAGCUUAAUAGUGAAUUCUUCUUCAACUUGCUCUUCUUCUUCCUGAAGCUCAAAUUGGCCAAUUACACUCAAUUCUGCCAUAGGGUACGAUGACUUUUUUUAACUGAUCAGAACAACCCUUUAUCUGUUCCUGAA